AUGUUAGUUCAUUCACAAUGUAUAAUCGCAAUUGGUAAAACUGGCACGGGAAAAAGUUUUACAGGAAAUGUUUUUGGUGCACGAGGUGUAAAAGUCGAAAAUUCAUCACGUUCAGGAACAAAAGAAGUUACUAUUUAUGAUAUUGAAGAUGGUAAUUUCUAUGUCGAUACACCAGGAUUUGAUGAUUCUGAUGAAAGCAAGAACGAUGAUGAAACCACGCGCUUAAUUUUUCGAGCUCUUUUGGAUAAAGGAAUUGACCAUAUAACGACAAUCUUAUGGUUUGUAAUGACUGAUAUCAGAGCCACAGCAUCGUUCAAAAGAGAGGCAAGGUUUAUAGAAUCGCUUGCACGUGAUCAUGAUGGAAAUAUUUGGGACAAUACUAUUAUCGUUACUAAAGGAGAAAAAAUUGAAAAUGGUCCUCGGGAAGCUGCCAAAGAAGUAGCUAAAAAUGAAUACUUGAUGAAAAAAAAGUGUAAUCAAUUACCAGAUAAUAAAAAUGAUUUGCUUGAAAACACUAGUAAUUUUGCGAUUCGGUUGUUUGAAAGCUUGGAUAGUACAAGUAUUUAUGUCGAAAAUAAUUUUGCAAGUGAUAUAUUAAACAAAUAUAAUAUUUUUAAAGAAAAUGAACCUGAUCGAAUUCUCUCAAAGUAUGAGGUACUAAUGAAGGAACAUCCCAAGCAUCCGAUUAAGAUUAAUUUUAGAAAAGCCAAAUGUUUGAAGUGUCCUGAAGAAACUGAUCCAAGGCUAGCAAUUCCAGAAUGUCAUUUGGAAGGAGAGUCAUUUCAUCCAGUUACAAUUGAAAUUCAUCUAUAUAAAACUAUACGUGAACACUCAAACAAUCUUGAAAAAUAUCAUUCUGGCUCCAUACAAAACUAUCAUCCUGACCCACAUGAGUUUAUGCACACUGGCAAGCCUAAUGAUACCAUGAUAAUUGAUAAACCUUUCGAAAAUUUUGUUCGUGGCGUUACAUUUGCGAUUAUUAAUCCUAUGAUUCCCGGACACUGGAGUUGUUGUGGAAAAGAAUUGAAUACACCCGGAUGUAAGCAAGUUUAUUCAUGUUGCAAAAAAGAUAAUGAUGGGUGUUGCAAAAAGUAUGUGUGUUGUGAUGAUAGAGAUCUUAAUAGUGGUGGAUGCCAAAAACGAUACCGUUGCUGCAAUGGAUCAUCCACAAGUGAAGGAUGUCAAUACAUUUAUGACGUUUGCAAGCAUAAAGCUGGCGAAAAUCCUUGUAGUACAGUUUGCAAAGAAUGUAAUCAAACAUUAGACAAGAAGGGCUGUAAAACAAGAUGUAGAAAUUGUAAAGAGCCCCAAACCAGCAAAGGAUGUGUUAAAGUAGGGCAUAAUUUUAAUGUAUCUUAA